AUGGUGAUGGAAUAUCUAAAGCAAGCACCAAGGGCAUGGAAUACUCGCAUUGACAAGUACUUCCAAGACAAUGGGUUUGUUCGUUGUCAAAAUGAGUAUGCUCUUUAUGUUAAAGCUUUUAAUAAUGGUGAUGUCUUAUUUAUUUGUCUUUAUGUGGAUGACCUUAUCUUUACCGGCAGUAACCCAAAUUUGUUUGAAGACUUCAAGGAAUCCAUGUCUCGUGAAUUUGAUAUGACAGAUAUGGGACUCAUGUCAUAUUACUUGGGAAUGGAAGUGAAGCAAACGGAGAAUGGUAUCUUUGUCUCACAAGAAAGCUACACAAAAGAAGUGUUGAAGAAAUUUAAUAUGCUUGAUUGCAAUCCCGUGAACACACCUAUGGAAGGUGGCUUGAAGUUAUCAAAGUUUGAUGAAGGAGAGAAGGUAGACUCCACAGUCUUCAAGAGUCUUGUGGGGAGUUUAAGGUAUCUAACCAAUACAAGGCCUGAUAUUCUAUAUGCGGUGGGAGUUGUGUGUCGCUUUACGGAGGCUCCUACCUCUCCUCAUCUAAAGGCCGCAAAAAGAAUUCUUCGUUACUUGAAGGGUACAAUUGAUUUUGGAUUGUUUUAUUCUCCCUCCAAUAACUAUAAGCUUGUGGGAUUUUGUGAUAGUGAUUUUGUCGAAGAUGUUGAUGAUAGAAAAAGUACUACCGGAUUUGUAUUUUUUAUGGGUGAUUGUGUUUUUACAUGGAGUUCUAAGAAGCAAGGCAUUGUGACACUUUCUACUUGUAAAGUCAAAUCUGCACAAGAGCUUGCCAAGAAUCCGGUGUUCCAUGAACGAAGUAAGCAUAUAGAUACAAGGUAUCAUUUCAUUAGAGAGUGCAUUACCAAGAAAGAAGUAGAAUUGACUCAUGUGAAAACUCAAGAUCAAGUUGCGGAUAUUUUCACCAAGCCUCUCAAAUUUGAAGAUUUUCGAAGAUUGCGAGCAAGACUGGCUAGUAUGGCGAAGCGAAUGUAUCACAUUAUGACUCCACAACACUGGCAACCUAAUGUUGUUGAUCAAUUCACGUAUAACUCCCAACAUCAGUUGUCGAGGUUAGAGGCACAUGCAUCUGGUUUGCGUCACGAGGAACAAUUUUAUGUUCCACAAUCGUAUGUUCCGCAGCCUUCCCCCACCACAUAUCCAUUCUUGAAUUUCACUCCUCCGUCGUAUGAUCCUAACCUAGAGAGGGCACAAGAUUUGGCAAUAGACUUUAACCGUGUGUAUCUUGAUGAGGAUGAUUAA